AUGGCUGAAGGUAGUGCGGUAUUAAGAGGAUCCAGCAACCACAAGGUAACGCUUGUCACUGGCAACGAUGGAAAGCGUCGAGAGGUGCAAGCAUGUCUUGAAGGGCACGUGCUUGUCGAAAAUGUCAAAUUGGAUCUACCUGAGAUUCAAAGUGACUCGGUCUUUGAGAUUAGCCGAAAUAAAGCCCUCACGGCAUAUGACAUUAUCAAGAGUCCAGUGCUUGUGGAAGAUACUGCACUUUGUUUUGACGCACUGGGAGGCCUACCAGGCCCGUAUGUGAAGUGGUUUUUUGAACGCAUCGGUCCUACGGGGCUUAUCAAACUUCUUGAGGGAUUUGACACUCGGCGGGCGUAUGCUACGUGCGUCUUUACGUACUGCGCGAGCCCGGAUGUGGUGCUGCAGUUUGAGGGACGAUGCGACGGCAGGAUUGUAGAGGUGCCUCGCGGGGAGGGUGGAUUUGGCUGGGACUCCGUCUUUGAGCCGGAUGAGGGCUGUGGGCAAACUUAUGCAGAAAUGCAGGAUGAAGAGAAGAACCGGAUUUCACCGCGUGCGAAGGCCCUUGUGGCGCUGAAAGCACAUUUUUGUCUUUAA